GGGGGGAGCUCGAGCAAGAUCGGAGAAACGAACAAGCUCCGGUCAGGUCCCGCCGCUCCCGGCUGUUUACAAAUCCCACCAUCGUAUCGCAACCCCUCCAGCCCAGCCCGGGUUGUCUCACAUUCUCUCUCUCCCAUUGACGAGCGGCCACUCGUUCCGCACCCAAUUCCGAACCAAUUGCCGACAUCAUGAGUUUGUUUGUCGCCAGCCGAUCUGCCUUCCGGGCCGCCGCGCCCCUCAAGCGGCAGUUCCAGGUUCGCCGCUAUGCCACCGAGCCCCCCUCCGCCGACCCCAAGAAGGGCAACAACACGCUGCUCUACGGUGCGAUCGCUACCGCUGUCGCCGGUGCCGGCUACUACUUCCUCAGCGGCACCCCCGCCGCCAAGAAGGCCGAGGAGAAGGUGAAGGAUGCCUCGAGCGCCGCCACCGAGAAGCUCUCGACCGGCGAGGUCAAGCAGGCGCUCACGGGCGGCGACCAGGGCUGGGUCAGCCUCAAGCUCGAGGAGGUCGAGGUGGUCAACCACAACUCGAAGCGGCUCCGCUUCCGGCUGCCCGAGGACGACAUGGUGUCGGGCGUGCACGUUACCAGCGCCAUCCUGACCAAGUUCAAGCCGGCCGACGCCGAGAAGCCCGUGAUCCGGCCGUACACGCCGACCAACGACGAGGACGCGCGCGGCUACCUGGACCUGCUGGUCAAGAAGUACCCCAGCGGGCCCAUGAGCACGCACCUGCACGACCUGGCCCCCGGCCAGCGGCUGGACGUCAAGGGCCCGCUGCCCAAGUACCCGUGGACGGCCAACAAGCACGAGCACAUCGCGCUGGUGGCGGGCGGCACGGGCAUCACGCCCAUGUUCCAGCUGUGCCGGGCCAUCUUCAACAACCCGGACGACAAGACCAAGGUGACGCUCGUCUUCGGCAACGUGCGCGAGGACGACAUCCUGCUCAAGAAGGAGCUGGCCGCGCUCGAGAACACCAACCCGCGCCGCUUCCGCGCCUUCUACGUGCUCGACGACCCGCCCCAGCACUGGACCGGCGCCAAGGGCUUCAUCACCAAGGACCUGCUCAAGACCGUCCUGCCCGAGCCCAAGGACGACAACAUCAAGGUCUUCGUGUGCGGGCCCCCCGGCAUGAUGAACUCCAUCUCCGGCAACAAGAAGAGCCCCAAGGACCAGGGCGAGCUCACGGGCAUCCUGAAGGAGCUAGGUUACAGCCCGGAGCAGGUCUACAAGUUUUAGAUGAUGCGGUCUUGCCGUCUAUUGCGUCUUUUUUAGCCUUGCCUUGCCUUGCCUUGCUUUGUAUUGAGCGGCAGCAUGUAAAAUAGAACAUGGAUUCCGACUGCUUAUGAAAGAUUUGAUGUCCGCUGAGAACCAACCCGCUUCAACCACACUACCCACUCUCCUUGAUAAGUCGGCACUCGUUGGGUCAACCGCCGAGCAGUCCUAAACACACGUUGAGGUCAUCUUCAUCCGUCAAGGCAUAUAGACCUACAUUCGGCCU